AUGACGACUUUAAAUGAUACAGCAUUCUGUGCAUCAGCCAGCCAAACGGAUUUCAUUGGAUUUUGUAUUUUGAUGCCAACCUUUAUGUGUCUGCUGUCCGUGUUCAUCUGUGGCGGAAACCUACUGACGAUAACAGCCGUGUGCAGCACGCGCUCGCUCCAGACGACGCCCAACAUGUACGUCGUGUCUCUGGCCGUCGCCGACCUCAUCGUCGGCUUCAACGUCUUCUUCGAAUCCUUCUGGUACAACGCGCUCACGGAAGGCGACAUCGCCCACUGCAAGUUCUGCUGCUUGUCCAACCUGAGCACGCUCUACACGAGUCUAUUCGCGUCGAUGGCCAGCGUCGUUCUUAUCGCCGUGGACCGCUUCCUCUACAUCUGCUACCCUUUCAAGUACGAGGACCUAGUGACCCAGAGAAAAACUCAAAUCGUUAUCAUUGUCACGUGGAUUAUUUCCCUCAUCCUCGGAACCUUUCCGCUCUACCUCAAUAGCUUUGAUGCCGUCCAGGAAUGUGCACACACUGGUGUGUUGCCAGUCUGGUAUCAGAUCUAUUUUGAGGAACAAGUUUUCGCCUCGGUGUUGAUAUUGUGUCUGGUGUUGUACGCGGGGAUCAUGAAUAUAGCCAGACGCCAACUGAGAUCUAUCCAAGCCACGACUGUCGACCCAGCACACAACAGCGCCGAGGGGAAGAACUGGAAGGUUGUCCGCCUCAUGCUGCUCGUGUGUGGAGGAUUCUUUGUGUGUUGGUGUCCUUACCACGUCAGCGUGGUGAUCAACCACGUGAGCUUCGUCUCGGAGGACGUCAUGGAUGUGCUGUUCCCGCUAGGAAUUCUAAACUCGGGUGUCAACUUUAUUAUAUACGCGCUCAUGAACAGAGACUUCAGGCAAGCGUUCCGGAGACGUGUCUGCUGUUGUAGACGCUUCUGGGAGCACGACUCGUCUGGUGGCGCCACGGCACAAACGACACUCCACUUGAACGGGCUGGUGCACAGUAGCUGA